GGUUCGACACCUCGUUUCCGCCCGGCAGAAUACAGUAGACUAGGCGCUAAGUUAGUUUUGGACAGCCCGAUCGAUCGACCGCCCCCGGCCUCUCGGAGGUCAGCCAAAUCCCGCGGCGGAACCAGAACGACGAGCGGAGAGAGAGAGAGAGAGAACUGAAGAUAGAAUCAUAUCAAUCAAUCAAUCCAUCAAUCAACCAGGACACAUUUCACAACAUCAAUCGAUACCCGUAAUUCGAUUUCUAUCACGACUCUCUUCUUCCUCUCCAAUCUCUUCUACCAACAAUCUCGCACCCAUUCUCAUCUCCAUCCCAUCCAGAACAGAGAAAAAAGGCGAACGUUGAACGCCAUAUCCCGAAAAUGCAUUCUCAUCUACACACCCCCGAAAAUGCCAACUGCGAAGAAAUCAUGACCAUGCUCGACGAGUGCCACGCGCGAGGAUUCCUCUGGAAAGCCAUGGGUCAGUGCAGCGAUAUCAAAGUUCAAGUGAACAAAUGCCUAGGUGCGGAGCGUUAUGAGCGCGCGAAACGGAAUCGCGACAAGGCCCGUGAGAAUAGAAAGCGGAUUGAGCAGAUUUGGGCUGAAGAGAGAGUGAGGGAAGGUGUGGUUGCUCCUGCAGAUACGACGAGUGCGGCGACGGGAAGCGCGGAGACGAAGCAGUGAUUGAUUGAUUGAUGGAUUGGUUGAUUGGGACUUGAGGUUGCUGAACGGAGCAGGAUAUGUAUGUAUAUUACCGCAUUGAUGGGUUGGAGCUCCGAGGCGUUAUCUCAGAUGGUCUCUCUUUUGGAAAGGAAGUUUCGAAUAUUACACAGGGGCGAGAAGGUGCCUCUAUUGGAGGGAUAGAGGAGGAUGCAC